GCCACACUCUGGUCAUCUUCAGGUAUUUCCUAUCAAGUUGGAAAACUAAACGCAUCAGAGACACGUCAAGGAUGGAAUUGCAACAGCGGAUGUGAGGCGCCACAACAUUGUACACUGCCACGCUGCACCAAUGUGGUAUUUCCGCAAUCGUUUAGUGGAUCUGGAACCGUAAGUAAACCUUAGGCAAUUAAAACUUAUAGUCUAAUCUUCAGGGUUUGGGGUAACUUUCUUUUGUAAGUGAACCACAUUAAGCUUCUUAAAAAAUCUAAUGUUCUUUACAAAUUUUGAUUUGCCAAAGUAUUUGUGGUUUUAUGAUGCCUUGACGUCAGCUAAUUUGGUGCGCAUAGGUAUGCUUAAGUGCUUCUAAUCCUUGGGAUGUGUUUUUGAACAAAACAAAACAGAACAAAAGAAAUACAAAAAGCCGAAAGAUUCUGAAGAUAAAUAUAGAAGAUCUCUAUUCCAUGAAAUGGGAAUGGGGGGGGGGUUGUGAACGUGUGUGGGGAGGGAAGGGGGCGAUUGGGGUGGAUUAGCUAGAUUCUCUUUUUCUUCAGAUUAAUUUUAGUGAGUGGAGUAAACGCGCGCGAAAGCGUCGAGCAGACGCGAGAAACGAAGGAGGCAUUCUCGCGCCUUUAGUCACGCGCAAGGUCACGCGUGUCUCGCGCGUUUCGCUCGACGGAUUGUGAAAAAAGAGAGACUGCUCAUAGUCUAGGGUGGAGUUGUCGCCUGUUCAUUUUCAUUGAUGCCUGUCUUUACCUAACGCAUUUCAGGUUCGAGUUUUUGUGUCAUUAAGCCAUGAAAAUCAGUCUUCAGUUGUUCAUUCGCCUUCCGCCGUAUGGGCAGAGUCCGUUAGUACCGCUGGAUUUCAGUUAUGCUCGCGUGCAACAGGUUCUACAAAUGACACUGGAAUUAUCAACUGGGUAGCGUUUCAGGACAAACCUAUGUUAACGCAUGGAAGCGUUACUUUUAGCGGGAUAUGGACAACAGAAACAAAGUGUGAGAAGGUGGCCUUUUCUCAGGUUAGAUACCAAUAAUUGAUAACAAGUAUACAAUUUUGUUAUAAAGGCGUAAAACGUAAUUAAAUAGUAGAAACAAAUGAAAUAGUAUCAGAAAGUAGUUUUAAAACAAAUAAUCACUCAUUAAUAUCCGGAAUUUGCUCUUCAUAGCAGAGUCCACUGCUAAAAGUCUUUUAAAGUUUUCUCUCGGGCUUAGUUUCAAACUUUUCCUUCCAUCACCUUAAGAUAAGCCAUUUUCACAUUUUACUUUGGAGGUAGUGAUUGAAUAAUGCGUGACCGUUUUGAAUGUAUUGAUGUGUUAAAGGGAAUUUGGAAAAUAGAAGUCUACUUAUUUAAUGAUAUCAAAUGUUUAGCAUUAAACUUAACAAAGUUGGCCGAAAAGAAACGUUGUUUGUAACUUUAUUUAAGUAAUGGGCCAAAUAAGAUGCAUUCACCAACCUUUUCAACACUUCGUAGAAAGAGGUGAAAGAGGGUAGAAAAUUGAGUUAAUGUGAAUAGACAAGUAGAUUUGAUUAAUCUGCUCCCCUUAGCCUUUGAUAAAUCCUUAAUUUCAUUAAAGUGCCGCUAAGUACUUCAUGGAUACGUUCAUGCUGAUUUAUCUUUCGAGAAGCUUGUUUAUUUUUCAGUCAAUAGUUUUGCAUAUAUCUAACAUCUUUUUGCAGAGCUUUGCUUCCAAGCCUCGUGUAUUUGUCUCUGUUAAGUACACUCGCAGCACAAAGCCAAAUGACGCUAUGUACUUAUGGUUAGAGAACGUCAACUCUGGAGGAUUUGAAGUGUGCUUAAGGGAAUUCUUGCCCUUUGAUGGAAAACACCAAGAUGCAGUUGUGGUAAGUGAAGAAAAAUGUCCGAGUAAACUAUAGAAUUGAUGAAAACAAGCAAACAAACAAACAAACAAACAAACUUGACUUUGCCACACUUCGGCAGCCCGGAAACCCAAUUACCCAAAACGUUUUUGACGCAAUUAAGGUAGUGUCGUGUCUCCCGUGUCUCAUGCAGUUAUUUCUUGUUAAAGGAAAUGUGUUUCGAAACCUGACGCAACUCGUCUUGUGAAAAAAAGGGUAGCGAAUUAAAAUUAUUUUCUUGUCUGCAGGACUGGUUUGCAUUCACUGGAAAUGGGAGUCAACUUAAUUUCACAAUAACUGGGGAAGAAAUCUUUCCAAACAGUGGAAAUCCAUCGGCCAAAAACAACUACGGCUUCUGUCAGGUGAAAACUUUAGUUCUAACAAGAACAUUUAGCAAGCCAAAGAACACUGAUUUUUUAGUGGUUAAGUUCACACUAAAGAAAACUUAAAAUACAGUAAACCCAAGCUUACCAGGCGAUAGUAAUCGACAUUGUAUCCAAAAUGGCAAUUCCGAGCGCGAAAUGUUUUUCUCGCGAUUUUGAUGUGCGCAUAUUUCGCGAUUCUUAAAUUUCGUGACUUUGCGAGAAUUUUAUAUUUCGAAUCUCUUCAAUUUCGCGUUGUAGACAGUGGGCGAAUAUUAGAAGUGGGGACUUUACAGAAGGUGGGCAAAAAUAGAGGGAGAGGUGAGCACGUUCAGAUCCAUACUAACUUACAUGACUUUUUUUACUUAUUUACAGGAAGUGCCUUUCAAUACGACCUUUUACAAAUCGCCAAUUGUGAUUCUUUCCGUAAAUCAUGAGUAUAAUCUUAAGGUCAAGGGAAGUCGUCCUCCAGAAAAUAAUAUAAUUUCAGCCUGGCUAGAGGUAAGUUUGCUUUUUUAUUCGAACCUGAGAAAACAGCCCGCCCGACAUUUCGCGCGACGCCACCACUAGUUUUCCCACAAAAUGAGGACUGAACCCCGAAAACCCCGUUUCACGACGCAAUUACUGGCUUUCCCGUGAAAAGGCGUCUCUGGAAGAGUGCAGAAAUUCCAUACUGAUGACAUGUACUUCCCAGAUCAAGAUAGUGCUUCUGAUUGGUCAUGCUGCAAAAUAAAUUUCCCUUAACCAAUCAAAAGCACUGCGUGCCCAGAUCUGCGUAGUGACACAUCAUCAGUACGCAAUUUCUGCGCUCGUUCCUCAGACGUCUUUUCAUUUAGAAGCCAGUAAUUGCGUCAUGAAACGGGGUUUUCCUCACUAGGAUAUAUUCUUGAUGGUCACUUGAGGUUAAUAAUAAUGAACAGGGAUUUUUUCGGUGCUUUGCUACAUUAUUCUAUUCAAUUGUUUGCUUGAACUCUCACGACACCUUUGAGACCCAAAAGUCUAUAUCGCUUCUUGUUCAAUCAGGGGAGAGCAGAAAUCCGUUUAUUCUGGUAAAUUUAUAAAAGGACUGUGAAAACUGUGUAAAAGCCAUAAGAAACCAAUAAUUUGGAUCUGAUCCAUAAAUUUCAUAACUUAAAGGUAUCGUCGUAGAAAUCAAGAAGAAAUUAUGGAUUUUCUAGUAACUGAUGAGUGCUAUCACAUUUUGCUGUAGGAAGUUGGAUUAGAAUCUAUGAAGGUCUGCGUUAAAGACCUCAGUGGAUUAGGAUCGAGUCAUGAUCCCUUGAUUGUCAGCUACGCUGUUACUGGAGGUUGUUUAUUAAUUUUCCUAUUGUAAUGAUCACUAUUUCUAGAAAGGACUAUUGUCAUUUUUGUUAUUAUUUUUAUUGAUAUCUUUUAGAAGUUCUUAUAUGUAGGAAUACAUUUCAUGAUAUUAAUUAAAGAAACGCUGGAGUACAAACACGGAUAUACCUUAUUCAUGUUGCACUCUAUCUUUGCAGGCACUUCAAGAUUGAUGGGAUAAGAGCAAUUAGGGGGCACACAAGUAAUAAAAUUGCCAAUACGAGUAGUCGCGUAACCGCGGUCGGGUUUGUUUAUUCCCUCAAAAUAAGACGACGAUUUUAGUCAUGCAAAAUGCAAAAUGUAAACUUCCACAAGUUUUACGUCAUAAUUCCUUGCUGUGAAGGUUUCUACUGUCGCCUACUGCAUUCAAAAUCACUUCCACCCAUAUUUUGCAAUUUUCGUUUUUUUUUAAGGUCAAAACUUCUUAAUUUUCUAUUGUGUAGAUAAUUAAAACAAACUCGACUGCAUUCUUGUAUUUACUGACUUUAUCCCUUGUUUGCCCCCGGAGAAACCACGUAACAUUGCUUUAAUUUAUUCCACCAGUCCGAAGCGCGUGCAAAGAUGGCGGGUAUCGUUAAUAAGGUCUACUAAGGAUAAAAAAACCUUAGUUGAGGUACCUACAAGCAAACAUGUUACUACUACUGAACAGUAACUUAGUUUUAAUUCAAAUAUGAAAAAUAUGUUAGACAUUUAUGUUUUUUCCAAAUGGAUAACUACUCAAUAUUAUGUCUCUUUUUUCUUGGUACAGACCUUAAUCCUUGUCUUAAUGUGCAUUGCCCACGGUUUGGAGUCUGCAGGACCUAUAGUGCGCAUGACGCUCGGUGUGAGUGCGAUGACCAAUGCCCCUCAUAUAAAGACCCAGUGUGCACUGCGAACGGAACAACUUACGACAACCGAUGCUGGCAUAAGUUAAGCUAUUGCAGAGGACUUGAAAAUAAUGUGGUCUAUCACCCAGGAAGUUGUGAAGGUAACAAAAUAUAAUUUCAACGAUUUUUUUGGCUGUAUAUGCCACAUAAAAUAGUCUGGCAGUUAAGCUCUCGAUCGUUUAGAAUUAUAGGUGUUGGCUCAAAAUUACAUUGGCUUCUAGCUAUGAUGUUUAUAACUUUUCGUUACUUUUAAGCUCGCUUUUAGCUCCCUACGCAGGGUAAGCAACAAUAGGCAGCUGUAACAAGCUACUUCGUCUCUCUAAUUUGGCAAACGAGCAUAUAAAAGCCCAGACUAUAGCCGAUGUUUGAUCUGUGUGAGAUCUUUUAUUCUCUUUUGUUUUGCAAUUUAGUUUUUCUGCGUAAAAUUAGAUUACACAAAUUUGCUCGGGGCAAAUAUGGUGCAAAAAAGUGCAGAAGAGGAGGAAAUCAAAUACAAAGGUAGUAAAUAUCGCAUUUACAUACCAGUUUACAUGGAGUUGCAUAUUUGAGAGCAAAUGCAGUAUUUACUAUCUUUGCCCUUGAUUUCAUCCUCUUUUUCACUUUUUUGCACCUUAUUAGCGCUGAGUGAAUUUGCUGAAAAUCAAAUAUUUCGCGCAGUGGCCCAAUACACUGGCAUAUGUUUAUCUUUAUACUGGCAUAUGUUUAUCUUUGCACUGAAACCAGCAUGCAAUAAUAAGCAGCCACUACACAUUUCGUUCUUGAAAGGUAGUCGACAUUGCAAGUUACAGCCUAGUUUUAGUUCCAUUUUCGCGCUUUUUUUAUCACCACCCUUCACCACUUAGAGUUGCACUACAACGGAAGCUAGGGAAGCUACCUAAGCGAUAAUGCUUAAAGAGCACAGUGAUGCUUCCUUAUAAAGUACUUAAUUUAUUAUAAAACAGGUUUUCCAAUUGUACGGGGCCGUGUAGAUCUGCUACAGGUUCCAAAAUGGUCAGAUUCAAACUGUCAGACAGUCACAUUUCCUCCAUACCGGUUUUAUCCGGAUAAACAAGUUCAUGUUCAAAUAACCGUCAAUCACAUGAAGCUGAAUGACUCUGUGACAGUCCACGACGCUGUUACUUCAUGGACAGAAAGUAUCAACACAAAAAACUUCACCGUCUGUGUCAUGCAAACCGGGAGGAAAGAAGAAGGCGCGAAUCCAUUUGCCACCAUUGAUUGGGUGGCUUAUCAAGGAGCACCACCCGAAGGACUGACGGGAACGGUUGAGUUGCAGAAAUGGUGGUCUGGUACCAACUGCGCAGAUGUAACCUUUCCUACGGUGAGAUGGGAAUUUACAUUUUAAAUUAAACAAUUGUUGCAAAUUCAAUUGAGGUCUCCAUGACGAAUGUUAGACUUUCAUUCAUGUGACAUCUUUAAUCCAUGUCUUGAAAAAAAAAAAAAAAAAAAAGCAACAACAACAACACCGAAAACAGCAAAAAAACAAAACAAAUAAAUACUAAAUAAUUGGGUCUUGUGACCCUUAGCAAAAAACCAGGAGCCCAUCAAAUUUGAUUUGAUGGGCUCCUGCCAAAACAUGAUUGAUUUAAUCACGACUUGUCUGCCUAACAAAAGAAGAAAAACAUCAAGAGCGAAACUGUGAAGGAGAGACCUCCUUAACAUCGAUUUCAACAAAAUGAAGCGCUCAUCUGAUACAAGGAAGCAGCUUAUAAGAAAAAACAAAACAAAACAAAACAAAACAAAACCAAAAAAACACAAAUAUUUGUUUAUCUAUUUGAAUUAACUGAAUGUGGAAAGACAAGAAUUCUCAUCUUAAGUUAAAGAACAUAUUAAAACUUUUCUUGAACUAGAAAAAUGAGACACAAAGUUAAGAAAAAAUAAUCGAUCAUUACGAGGUAACUGGGGAGAUGAUUGCUAGAUCCUCUAAAAAGUUGUGACCGACUUAGCGACUUAGUUAACAAAACAACAUUAGGUAACAAGUAAGAAUGGGAACUUACUUAGUGGUUAGUUUCAAGUAAUUUUGCAGCAAUAUUAAAAAAAAAGCUGUUUCGAUUAUUGUUAUUGCUUUUUCUUCAGGGCAAGUUUGCCGAGGCGCCAAUAGUCCUUGUGACGUCAGAGCACCUGAGGACUGGUAAAGAGUAUGAUGCUGCUCUCAUUUGGAUUGAAGACGUAACAAAGGACUCAGUUAAAGUCUGUCUUCGUGAAAUGCAAAACUUUGACGGUAGACACCAAGAUAUCACUGUGGUACGUUCUUAGUCAGAUUUUAAAAAACUGGAACGCGACUGUCCACAAAAUUUGUGAGGAAUGCUGGUCUUGUUAAACAUAAUAGCGGAGCUCCACCCGCGCGCGAAGCGCACGCGUGGGCGGAGCCCCAUAGCUAAGGAAAAGUGGUAAUCUACCCAUCCCAGCAAAUUUGGUAAUCACGUGACCGUACACCGAGCGAGCGACCGUCCGUCCGCACCACAGGCAUACCAAUGUAAAAUACUCAAUCAAUAGGUAUAGGAACCGAAAUGCAACUCAAGGUUUUUUUGGAAGGAAAUCACAUGGUCGCCCGGACUUUUAGAAAGAAAAAAGUCUUUUCUUUUUCGGCGUUCUUUUUUUAUGUGUACACUAACGUGGAUAACAGAGAAAGAGCUAGAGCGAGUUAUUGAAAAUUCGUAGGAGAAAAACAUGGAAAGUCAAAGCGGCGGUGAGAGAAUGAGAAAUGCUAGCGGCCAGCAAGGUGAAAAUGAGCGGCAGUGAAAAAUAAAAGCGAACAUGAACACUGGAAACAAAAUAUUGGGUAAGCACAUACGACAAUUUCUCCAUAAAAAUAGUGUGUAACUAGGAAGUUUGACGUUUUAGUCGUACAAAACAGCGUUGUAGUCGUGCAAAACAACGGCAAGGGAAAGACAAAAAUGCGUGCUGAAUUGUUUUUUGCUAAUUAGAAGAAAAAGUGUGCUGCACGUGCAAUUUGUUUCUUUGCUAAUUAGAUCUAUUAGUCUUGAAGCCAUUUUCAUUGUCGUCCCCAGUUUAGCAUUACACGAUUUAAUUUUUUUUUGCUUACACGUAUUUUUAACCAGAGCUUCGCUUUUAGCCCUGGCUAAUUCUAUAUAUUAGCGUUAAGAGGAAAAAGUAUUGCUAAGUAAAGAUUGUCCGGGCGAUCGCGAGUGAUGAUCAGUCAAACGAUCAGUCAAACGAAAGGAAAUGCAGAAAGAAAAACAUAAAAAGAAACGGAAAUAAUAAUAAUAAUAAUAAUAAUAAUAAUAAUAAUAAUAAUAAUAAUAAGAAAUGAAUUGAAUAGCAUGACACAAAUUGGUCUUCCUUGUCCCUAUGUCUCUCUUCACGCUCUUACGUGAUUCGCCUGAUGUCUUAAAAAAAUGUGGAUUUGCAUCCUUUUCUUGACUCUGCGCGCUCUUUGUUAUGUCACAACUUCAUAGAGUUCAAAAUACUUAGAUUCAAAGGGGCCUAAAAAUGCUGAGUUUAUUUAAAUUUUUUGUUGGUGUAAUACGAUUCCGUCACAAGAUGGGUGGCAUCACUUUUGUUUUUACCUCUUUUCACAGAACUGGUUUGCCUUCUCUAAACUGCACAAGCCUCUUUUCACCGAACAUGGUGUCAUAAGUUUUCCAAAUACGAACCCACCUUUGGAUAAAAUGAACAAUGCUUAUUGCCAGGUGAGAAAAGAAUUCUUUGCAAAAGCAGUGAGUAGCAUGCUGUUCACAGCAUUUUCCCUGACAGAUAUAUCGCUUACUUACAUCACUGUUUAUAUUUUCAAAACACUUUUAGUCAUAUACACUUUACGCAAUAGAGAUCAAAGUGACUAGAAAAGUAAAGAAGCUGGUCCACUAAACAAUACUUUAAGACAAGAUGUCAAAAACUACAGACUGAUAACGUCCCUCUUAAACAUCGACAAAGUGUUUGAGCAACUGCAAUGUAAACAGGUGACUGUGAAACUCGACCACAUCUUUUCUAGCCUAAGCAAUGCUUACAGAAAGGGACACAGCUGUGAGACCACUCUACUACGUCUGAAUGAGUACUGGAAGGUAGCAAUAGACAGAAAAGAGCUAGUAUGUAUUCUAUCGACUGAUAUGAGUAAAGCGUUUGACUCUCUCAGCCACUUGCCGACACUAACAAAGCUUGAAGCAUACGGUUUUGAGUCCUCAGCGUUGGACCUCACGCGAUCAUUCUUUAACAACCGCCAAAAUGUUCAACCCCCUGCUCUGGAACGUAUUUCAGAAUGACCUGCCCAGCUCCAUAACUACCGCUAAACUUUCGAUCUAUGCGGACGACCACCAGUUGUACACCUCAGGAACUAAUUUUACAGCUGUAGGGGAAGCCUUAGAGCAGGAAGAUCAACUUGCCGCGUCUUGGUAUCGUGAUAAUUUUCUACUCCCAAAUCCUAACAAAUUCCAGGCGAUGAUCCUUUAUAAUAGAAAUAUUGACAUUGAAGGCUAAUACACUGAUAUAAGCAUAGAUGGUAGGGUCAUUACAAACAUAGAUUACAUCAAACUACUUGGCGUCCACAUUGAUUGCAGAACGAACUUCAGUGGUCAUAUUAGCGAACUGUGUAAGAAAGAGUCAGUAAGAAAGUAGGGAUCCUAAUGCACCUGCGCAAUCUUGAUCCCUGCACAACUGUAAGUCUAGUCUUCUAUAAGUCUUCCAUCCUGCCUUACCUUACCUACUGCCAGCUGGUAUGGCACUUCUGUAAGGCCAGGACGUCUUCAAGAACGUGCCUUAAGAGCGGUAUACAGAAGUCUGCCUCUUACCAGACACUACUAAAAUAUCAGAACUACCCACGUUGCAAAAUGGUAGAUUGCAGGAUCUAGCAAUACUUAUGAACUCAAGAACAACCUCGCCCCUACCGACUUAGCAGAACUUUUUAAUUUAAAUGAUUCGAGGUAUUCUCUGCGAAACAAGGACUUUCAUUUACAUACCAGAUUCAAUAUUGUAGCCUACGGCAAACAUUCAUUUCGUUACUUUGGACCUAAAAUAACCGAUUUAAAGGAAGCUAAGGUCGAUGAGCUCAAAUCUAUUUCAUCCAGUAAAACAAUUCCAAAACUCCACUAGUUCUAAUGAGAAAGAAUUUCUGGUACGUAGUAGUUUUACAUUUGUUAAUUAUGUAUUUAUUAACAUUGCUGGUUGAGGAUUAGUGCGUCUACCGUAUUUGCGAACUUCAGGAAGGACGGAGGAGUUCACGUUCAAGACCGUGUGUCAAUUUGAAAAACAAGGUUACAUCUAAAAGUUCAUGCCAGUAACAAAUAGGUAUUAGAUUAAGAGUUUGGAAACGAGACUUAUAACUUACAUUAAAAGGCAGUUUUAACAUAAACUUAGUCGUUCGUCUAUGGACACGCUCAAGCUUGACGAUGAGUUCGAUGGACUGCGGGGCCCAAAUUUGGGUGGCGUACCCCAAAUCUGGCCUAACUAGGGCUACAAUUGUAGGUAUAGCGUUCUUCUUACGUCGGUUCUAAGAGUGAAUCUCGUGUUCCUCUUUAAGUAUACAAGUAGUUUAUGACCACGCAAAGAUUGUUCGUUUAGUUGUUUGUACCAUGUCAGAUCCUUACUAAUCCAUUCGCACAGAUCUUUUUCUGCAACAUAUAAUUCAAGUGCGGUGUUGUUGAGUUUGUAUGAGGAUAAGAUCGGCCUUUUUUUCCUUGUUAUGUGCUGCGCCUUAUACUUAGCUUCGUUAAAAAGGAGACCGGAUGAUUGCGACCAAGUUGCAAGCUUACCAAGGUCUUUCUGGAGAGAAGAGGCAUCCCCCAAAGUCUUGAUCUCUCUGAAUAUUUUUGUGUCGUCAGCGAACAUCAAUACUCGACUAAUAGAACUGAUGACUUUGAAAAGGUCGUUGGCGUAUAAGAGGAAGAGGGCUGGUCCAGAGGUAACAGGAAGAUCCUCUGAAGUGGCGCCGAGUACCGUAACGCGUUGGCGUCGACCUGACAGGUAAGAGCAGAACCAGUUAAGCAGGUGCCACCGAAAUCGGCCUGGAUUAGCUUAUGGACGAGGCACCUGUGACUGACUUUGUUGAAAGCUUUAGACAUAUCAAAGUAGAUGGUGUCAACCUGGCUGCCACUAUCUAAAUUAGUGAACCAAUGUGGUCAACAGCCUCAAGCAGGUUGGUGACGCACGAUCUUCCAGUACAAAAACCAUGUUGUUUAGGUAAAAUUACAUGGUACAGGUGGUCCUUGAUGCUAUUCAACACACAGCGCUUGGACACUAUUGGGAGUAGAGAGAUGGGGCAGUAAUUUUCCUCGUGGUCUUUUGCACCCUUUUUGUGGACACGCACGACGUUAGCUAGUUUCCAGUCACUCGGGAGAGACCCUAGUUGCAGUGAUUUGUUGAAGAUCUUACAUAAGGAAGGAACAAUCACUGAGGCAGUCUGUUUGAGCAAUUUAGCAGGGAUUUGGUCCGGUCCUGUGGCUUUACCGACUUCUAGUGCUUUGAGUGCAGCUAGAAACUUGGACUCAUUGAGAGUUAGAUCGGAUAUAACAGUGUCCGAACGUGUGCACGCUGUCUUCUCCACUGCGCUGUCGAUAGUAAAUACAGAGGCAAAAAACCUGUUAAACAGGUCAGCUAUUCCCGCAGGUGUAUCAGCACUUAAUCUUGAAGGGUUUUGUGACUGGUCAGCGGGAGAGUCUGGGACGGUUACCAUGGAGACAUGGUCUGGGAUGGGAUGAGAUUUGAAGUUAAGCUUCAAAUUGACCAUAAGUGCUUGGGAUUGAAUCUAAAGCCAGUGUCAAUGAAGUCGUAAAAGUGAUCAAGGCUUUCGCGAAGCAGUUUCUUGAAUUGCGCCCGGAGAGACUUAAACUUAUCCCUCAGGCCGGCGUUCGGAUGUGACUUAAGUUUUUGGCGAACUGAGUUCUUUUUCUUGAUUAGGUUUAAAAUGUUACUAUCUAUCCAAGGAACCGGGUUACGGCCUUUCAGUCUCUUCGAUGCCACGAAGUCCUUGACAGCAGCUAGUAAUAAGUCCUUCCAGCACCGCCCGUCAUCAUCUAUAUUGUUAUGGCCCACAAUAGAAGAGAGAUUGAUUGCUGAGAGAGCUUCACGCAAACCUUCAAAAUCACCAAUUGCGUACUCGUGGACAUAUUUGCGCGGGUGUGAGGACGCAUUAACAAAAGAAUUGUACUUAAACGGGACUACACAAUGAUCCGUAAACACAUCGGCUUUAUCAGGUGAGAACACCUCGGUCACUUUGGUGUGUUCUGGGGCACUUGUUAUCACUAGAUCAAGAAUGUUACUACCGCGAGUCGGUAUGUGGUUAAUUUGCGUCAAGAAGUGGUCAUGUAAGGCCUCGAUAAAUGGCAGUUGGUUAUCACCUGAAGCGCUAUCCACGCAGUCUCAGGAGAUGUUCGGCAAGUUAAUGUCACCACAAAUUACUAUAUUUUGAAACUGAUCGCAGACUUGAUCUAGAAAGGUGUUAAAUAAAUAUACCCAACUAGGGUCUGAAUCCGGAGGCCUGUAACAAGAACGGAAUAAUAAUGUAAUCUUCGGAUCAAAUUUAGAAGAAAAUAGCUGUGACUGUUGUGACCUUUGCAGAUCCUAAUUUUAUGAUUUUAAGAUUUUUAAGAUUUUAAUAUGUACUAUUAUGAAUUACUAUGUAUUUUAGAUUAGUGUGCCCAAUUAGAAUAUAUCAUUAUAAUUAGUAUUAUCAUAGAUUAUUAUUAUUAUUAUUAUUAUUAUUAUUAUGUAAUUUUGGAUGUGUCCCCAAUUAGCCAUAUACGUUUGACACUUAAACAAAGUUCUUAUAUCUUUUUAUAUUGUUAUAUCAGACAUACAAAGACAUCAAAAUGGCAGUUUGUUCUGUUAAAAUGAUUAAUCGCAAAUAUUGCUUGUUCAAUUGGGACUUCAAAAAUAAACACAUUGAUGGGAACUGAAGCUUUUAGUGAUUAAGGAACAGUGUUUAACGUUUUACGUUUCUCUUCCACGGCAGUUCGUUUCAUUCACGAGAGCUUAUAACUCGACUCCAACAGUUCUUGUCUCAGCCAAUCACAGCACGACGGCAUCUGGGAAUUCAGCACCGAAUCACAACGGAAUUACAACUUGGAUCGAGGUAAAAUUUUCCGUAAUUGGGGAGUAUUUUGGGGAUGUAUCAAGGCAAACAAAUUUCAAACCAAAACUCGACAAAAGAUAUAACUGAACAGAGACACACGCUUGCUUGAGGUGAUGUAUUGGUUGAUAAUAGGUGUGGCGCAAAAAUCUGCCGAGUGAAGUUGAGAUUGCUUAUUGGCUUCCUUUUGACGUUAAUUAUCGAAUACGAUUAUGGUGUCGGUACAAAAUAAUAUCUUUAAAUUAUCAGUAGGGGCCGCGCGCGGUGGUCUGGAACUUCAGAUCUGAUUGUGCGGGUUUAAACGUUACUUUAGAGCUGUUUCCUUGGACACGAAACUUUGCUCCAAUCAUUUGGCUGCUUUCUUCAUCAAAAGGGAUCUUUAGCUCCGUCCUUCUGGGCCUCAUAACUCAUUUGUGCCACUGCCGUGCCCCUUAUCAGGGUAAAAAGGAUAUUUUGGAUAAAAUUUCGAACAUUAAUUCAUGAUAUUAAUUUGAGGAGGACUCGGAAAAAAAUCCGAGUCCCAGAUGGGAUUUGAACCCACGACCCUCCGUGAUCUAGUCGGAUGCUCUAACCACUUGAGCUACUGGAGACUCUAUGGUGAGCAAGGGUCAAUUUGUGGGACUCGACUGGAACCGCAUCACGCGGCUACACAGCCAAGUAAUGAUAGGCACACAAGAAGUGAAGAACUCACUAACAGCAUCGCGCUGUCACCUUAAAGCAUAUCCAAGAUGCGGCCAACCAACCUCCAAAGUGAGUAUAUUGAAGAUGAAACAACAACAACAUGAUAUUAAUUUGAGGAGAGUCUCCAGUAGCUCAAGUGGUUAGAGCAUCCGACUAGAUCACGGAGGGUCGUGGGUUCAAAUCCCAUCUGGGACUCGGAUUUUUUUUUCCGAGUCCUCCUCAAAUUAAUAUCAUGUUGUUGUUGUUUCAUCUUCAAUAUACUCACUUUGGAGGUUGGUUGGCCGCAUCUUGGAUAUGCUUUAAGGUGACAGCGCGAUGCUGUUAGUGAGUUCUUCACUUCUUGUGUGCCUAUCAUUACUUGGCUGUGUAGCCGCGUGAUGCGGUUCCAGUCGAGUCCCACAAAUUGACCCUUGCUCACCAUAGAGUCUCCAGUAGCUCAAGUGGUUAGAGCAUCCGACUAGAUCACGGAGGGUCGUGGGUUCAAAUCCCAUCUGGGACUCGGAUUUUUUUCCGAGUCCUCCUCAAAUUAAUAUCAUGUUGUUGUUGUUUCAUCUUUAAUAUACUCACUUUGGAGGUUGGUUGGCCGCAUCUUGGAUAUGCUUUAAGGUGACAGCGCGAUGCUGUUAGUGAGUUCUUCACUUCUUGUGUGCCUAUCAUUACUUGGCUGUGUAGCCGCGUGAUGCGGUUCCAGUCGAGUCCCACAAAUUGACCCUUGCUCACCAUAGAGUCUCCAGUAGCUCAAGUGGUUAGAGCAUCCGACUAGAUCACGGAGGGUCGUGGGUUCAAAUCCCAUCUGGGACUCGGAUUUUUUUCCGAGUCCUCCUCAAAUUAAUAUCAUGUUGUUGUUGUUUCAUCUUGAACAUUAAUUCACCAUAUAUUUUUUUUAUACCUUUGUUAUUUCUAAAGGAUUCUUUAAUUACUUUCAUCAAACCACGGUGUUAAUUCACGGCGAAUCUUCGCAUCUCUAUGUUACAUAUUAAGAAGACGUAGGAGAACGUUUUAAAAAUAUUCUGGUUUUCUCUUCCUGUUAAUUCAGUUGUUUAUGACUACAAUUUUAGCUGUACUAAACUACGUUGAGUGCUUAUUAUCAUUUUUUUUCAGAACAUGAAUACCUCUGGAUUCAGAGCCUGUGUCAAGGAAUUAUACGGGACGAGAUAUGACCCCUUGUCCGUCGGUUAUACCGUGCUCACAGGUCUGUAAUACUACUGAGAUCAUUUAUGAAGUAGUUUUUAGCAAAUGAAAAAAGAAAAGUUAUUUGUUACUGGAUUCAUCUGGAAAUACUUUGGAAAUGCCCUAAACUAAUAACACAAUGCAAGUUGAUGGUUUUGCAAGUCAUGGCGGAGUCAAGAGAGUGUACCUGUUGAAAUAAAAAGUAUUUGAAAUUCUUUCAAGUUAUAAUUUCCUUACCCCUCUAAGAAUUUCACCGUUUAAUUAAAAGUUUUCUUAAAGAAUAAAUAACGAGGAUAAAAGACUUUGCUACAAAUUAAUAGCACCAUGCUUAAAACAAUCGUUUGAAUUUUGUGUUUCUUUGAAAUAGUACACUCUGUACAUAAGAGUUCGAUAUAUUUUAUCUCUAUGCGAUUGGUAUAUCCCUAUCGCUAGUCUUCUAUCCAAUAAUAUCUUACUAGUACCUUGAAACCAUUAAGCUUUGGAAAACAUUUUCGCAUCUCGCUCCUAACAGUACUGCGGGUGAGAUGCUGCUAAGGAUUUAUCAAUCCGGUAGUUUAUUUGAAUGUAUAUAUUUUUGACGCUUACCCUUAUCUGUAUUUCGCAGACAUCUGUGAACCUGGUUGGAACUAUUUCAACGGCUUUUGCUAUUUCACCAGUAACACUUGUCAAAAUUGGACCACAGCACUGGAUAAAUGCCGACAAGAACACUCGGUUCUUGUCGAUGUCCAAAAUAACGAAGAAAAUGUGUUUUUACAGCAUCUACACAAUGGUGCAAAAUCCUGGCUGGGAUUGAAUGAUAUUUUUACAGAGGGCUCCUUUACUUGGGCAGAUCGUGGUACUGGGAGCUUUACAGCUUGGGCUAAAAACCAACCGAACAAUUUUCGGGAUGAAGACUGUGUGCAUACACUUGGUGUUGAAUAUAAAUAUGAAUGGAAUGACGUAAAAUGCAGUGACUGUCAUCAGUAUACUUGUAAGAAAGGUAAGAUGUGAUGUAUAAGUUUAGAAUCGCACAAGAUAGAAGAAAGUCUACCUAACAAAACGCAUUUUGGUGUGUUAAUCGUGAUAAAUAUAUAGUUUUUUAUCUUUAUUUUGAACAGAUCUGAAUGAAUGCAGUAGGGACAAGUAUUACUGCCAUCAAGUCGCCAGCUGCACAAAUUAUCGAGGUUCAUUUAAUUGCACUUGUGAUCAAGGCUACUUUGGAGACGGCUUUGAGUGCGAGCUCAAUUACCCAAGUAUGAUCAGAUAUAAAAUUGCAGCACUUCAUGUUAAUGAUGAACAGCAAGUUGAUUUAUCGUAAUCUAUUCUCACUGGAGCCAUCAGCAAACAAUGCCCGUAAUUCUAAUAAUAUAUGGGAGACCCAGCCGGAGGCGGUAGGAGCGUGGAGCUCCUGGCAAAGAGAUAGUUCAUCAAUGCGGAGAAAUGGGUGGGGCGUGUAAAGAAAUGUACGAAACACUGAAAAGACUGAGCAGGCUAUUAAUUGCGAAGAGAAACUAGCGUUAUACAAGAAACCCACCAUGUACAAACUGACUGAGAGAACAAAUUGUUUCCUUUGAAAAGACAUGUUCAAAUGGUUAAACUUUUUAGUCUUCUCAGACAUGGACGAUAAACCGUAGGCCCCGUCUUCUAACCGUUUAAAACAACUCGUGCUCUGUUCGUAAAGAGUAGGGGACGCAUGCUCCGGUGUUGUGGUCUAUCUCCCAUGGUGGCCGGGACUGUUAUGGGUCCUCGGUAAUAAGCGCCGCGCGCUGUUGCGGUGACCCUGCCAAGAAUUGGUGAACCUAAGUAAAUAAAUUAGUGAUAACUUUGUCUCUAACUUUUGUAGGGGGUUUGAAACAGUCUACUAUUGUGGGAAAUGAUGCUAACUACUUGCAAUAUUUAAGCACCUGGCUCAAACCAGUUGCUCAGAGCAAAUCUUCACGAUGGAAGCGUUGUUGGCGGGCGUCCGUGGACGGCUGGGCUGCCAGUACUUUUCAUAGCCGUUGUAACAACAAAGGACCAACUGUAACAGUCAUAAGAGUCGGCGGGAAAUACAUAUUUGGAGGCUACACCAGCCUCUCAUGGGGUAAGUAGUUUGUUUUUUCCAAAACUGGGCAUAUCAGCAUGUAAAAUUGUCUAACGAAUUAUUUGAAGUAGAAAAUGUUAUUACCACGAAAAGGACUAAAAAAGUGCCUUCACACUGUUUCAAACUUUAUCGCCCUUAUUCCAAUUCGGUCAAUUGGCCAAAUGGAGGUGAAAUUUUCUGGGUUUAAAUUCGAAAAGUCUGUACCAAAUAUUAGAAAAAGAAAAUCGUUGUCUUUUGUUCACGUACCCUAUAAAACUAAACUUACAUCAUAUUCGUGCUGCGAAUUCGCUGAGAAUUAAAUUCUGUGCUAAGGUAUUUUCUUUUCAGAGUUGUUCCUCUCUAAAGUGUUUUUCAGCCAAAGUAUUCGGCACUAUUGUCUCAAGUGCCGUUGUAAUAUAAAAAAAAAUGAUAAAAAUGACUAGAACGCGAGUGUGAAUUGGUCAAGGCUUAAGUUCCUAGGGCUUCCCUUUUCGGCUCUUAAAACUAAAAUGAAAACUGUAGGUAAUAUAAAAAGUGCAAGUUAGGGGGGAGGAAUUACCUCUUCUAAUCAAGUCUUUUCUUGUUAUAGUUCACACACACAAAAAAAAUAAACUGAGAGAGCAUUUUGAUCAAAGCUACGUAUACUGAUAUCAACCUGAAUAAUAGCAUGGAAUCUUGCGUUUUCCGUUUCUAUCUCACCUGUUGUAUGACGCACACUUAAUUCUAUUUUACCGCACAGUCAGUCCAGUCGAUGCCCAGGCACUACCACGAUUUUAGACUUUCUUCUUUUCACUAUUUUAUGUUUUAAAAGUCGUAGCCAAUUAUUUAUAGGUGAUUAACGUAAAUUCAUUUCAAAUCUUUUAAAUACAUUUUGUAUCUUUUUUUAGAAUCCUGUCGUAUCUUUUUGAGAUUUUUUUUUUAGUUGUAUAUUGUAUGUAAUAAAUGUUAUUUUUAUUUUUCAUUUUAGUUCUACAUCGUAAUCAUUUUUUACACGGCCCCACAAGAAUUGAGCUUUGUCUUUUGUGUUUAAAUAAAGGAAAUGAUGAUGAUGAUGUUGAUGAUGGUGAUAAUAAUUAUGGCUUAUGAGUGAAAAUCAUCAGAUAUGACUAGGUGUAUUUAAAAAAGCUACACAAAGACCGAGGAUUCUAUCAACCAUGUGCAACAACAUACAGAACGGGAGCUUCUCUAGUGUCAACUUUUACAAGACAUUGUUUAUCUCUUUUUUCACCCAUUCAAGUUUCCCUUAAAGUACAAUUACUUCAUGUACUUUGUCGCCAAAAAGGAAAACCGUACCUUAGCGUAUAUAAGCUAGCUGGACUACGACCAAGGCGGCAGGGAGUAAUUCGGAAGUUUAUUUGCAAAUACAGUGGAACUUCGGCAUAUAACGAAGGAUCAAGAGACCGGCAGAAUUUGUUCGCUGUAUAACGAGGUUCGUUUUAUCGAGAUUCUUUUCCAUAUAUUUUACAAUAACUGCCGGGUAGAGAAAAUCACUAGUUACAUCAGAAAUUCGUCAUAUAGAGGUUCGUUAUAUCGAGGUUCCACUCGGUUGUAGUAAACAACAAUUAAACAAUUCAAGCCUUUAUAUCGGGGUCCCGAUAACUUAAUGUUAAUCCCUUUUAUCGUACCCGUUUCUUCCAUCCAAAAGUAAAUACCGUAAAAUUCCGAAAAUAAGCUCCGGAACUUAUAUUUUUCAAAGGCCCUUUUUGAGGGGUUUAAUUUUGGAAGGGCUUAUCUACGUAGGGAAAUUUGCGUUUCAAAAUCGAUUGGACUAGCCUUAUAGUUCCUUAUAGUUAAGUUACCGUUUUUGCUUUGUUUUACUUCCUAAUUGAGGGAAGUUACCAAGGGAAUUGAAGGAAUUUUACGGUACUUAAGUAAGAAUAAACUUAGUAUUAAAAACACACUUUUCAAGAGACUGAAAUCUUUACUACUUAAAAGCGAGUUAAUUAUUACUAGUAGUAUCAGUAUAUUUUCUUGUCUGCAUGAAUUCGAAUUUUUGAACGAAGUCUGUGCAUCGGAUCAUCCUUUUCAUCUUCUAUUUUCCCAACAGGUUCCAGCUGCCAGACUCGAUAUGAUUCCCAGGCAUUUCUUUUCUCACUGGUUAACAAUCCAGGAUGGGCGCCUGUGAAACUGCCUCAGAGAGGGAAGUAUAGUUCUGGAGGAGAGUCCAUAUACGACUGCUCGUCUUAUGGACCUACUUUCGGUUGGGGCCAUGACAUUUACAUUGCCGACUACGCGUCAUCCAGUAGCAGUAACUAUGUCAACCUUGGCUAUACUUACAGCGCACCAAGUGGGUACAGCUAUGGAAGCACUUUCACUCAGACAUUUCUGGCAGGCACUUAUACUUUUACUCCAGACGAAGUAGAAGCAUUUUACGAAACAACCUAA